AUGAUAAGAUAUAUGUUUUUCUUCCGCCUUGAUGCAGGUUCCAUGUUACACGCUAUGUUUUCAAGCAGAUUUGACACAAAACCCGGCGAGGACGGAUCUUACUUCAUUGAUCGCGAUGGAACACAUUACCGUUACAUCCUGAAUUAUCUUCGGACGGGAGAGCUUAUCGUCCCAAAUGAUGAGAUCAUUCGCAGAGAACUGUUGGCAGAGGCCAAAUUUUAUCAAGUUGAAGGAAUGAUAAACGAGCUGCAACCAAAGCCUUCGGCAGUUCCAGUAGUUCAGCCGAUUGUAGUUCAACCGUUCAAGGAUUCAGUGAUUCUCUCGUCCAGUCAAGGCCAGACUUUGAUGAAUUGGUUGAAGAACACCCCAGGCUUUCCUAGCACUAAUGAUCAAUUGUUAUACCGCACCUCUAGAGAUGGUUGGGCUUCUUUCAACUUUCAUUCCUGUUGUGAUAACAAAGGACCAACAGUUACAGUGAUCAAGAGCGGAGAUUACAUAUUUGGAGGGUAUUCUGAACAUCCGUGGAAGUCGUAUGGUUCUGGAUCGUUCAAAAGAGCACUAACAUCGUUCCUGUUCAGUCUUGUAAACCCAGGUGGUCUACCACCAACAAAGAUCUCUCUGAUACCUGGAAAAGAAUUAAACUCCAUCUAUUGCCAUAGUAACUACGGGCCUACAUUUGGAGGAAACUACGAUCUUUAUGUCGCCAAUGCACCGAAUUCUUGCAACUGCUGUACAGACCUUGGAGACACUUAUCAGUGCCCUGCAGGUCAGGAUACUCAAACGUUUUUAACAGGAAGUAUGAAUUUCCUUGUCAGUGAAAUGGAAGUGUUUAGUUUCAAGUGGCAAGACUAAUCGAAAGUGAACUAAGAUUAGUAACUGUUUGUUUUUAUCAUAUCUCGUUCACUUUUUAUUUCUUUCCCUGUUUUACUUAGUCAGAUAUUGAAAGCUUUGCUGAGUUGUCUCAUUAGAUAGCGAAGUCGUUCUGUCGGUUAGAUGGAUGUGUUUUGCUUUCAAAAUGUAAGGCGUAUGGCUACUUUGUUGCGAGACUGACAUUUAAUAAACAACAGUGUCUGUUAAGGAUCACAUCUCGUUAUCGAUGGUUUGGAUAAGUUUUGUUUUACUGUAGGCUCACCACAGUUUAUGGGACUCUAACGUAGUACACUUCGUGAGGCAGAUCAAAGACUGAUAAUCAAACAUUUAAGUUAUCAAUUGAGUAGACAGGGCGUAGAAAAAAACCCUCCUUAGAAAAUAAAUAUGAUAAAUAUGAUGAUG